AUGAACGGCGCGUCUCCUCGACGGCCCUGGUCGCCCGAAAGCCCGCCCAGCCGUGGUUCCCUCGACCUCGACCGCACCAUGCCCACCAUCAAUACAGACACCGAAAACGAAGAAGAGCUCAUCGACGCUGACAAAAAGAACCCCUUAAACAGCUCCUCUCUGCCCUCCUACAGCGAGCCUGAAGACGACCAAGAAGAAACCGAAGCCGAAGCCGAAGAAGACCCGAUCGUCCCCUACCUCCCACACAAACACAAGUCCCUCGCCGGCAUCGCGGCGCGGUCCUUCGCCCUCGGCAUCACUCUCACCACCGGGCUGAUUGGCACGCUGGGCAUCCUCCUCGCGACGACCUCACCGCUCUGGCGCCUCCCCUUCUUCCUCGGCGCGCUCUCCCUCUUCCACUUCCUCGAGUUCUGGACCACGGCCGCCUACAACACGCGCGCCGCCGAGAUCGCCUCCUUUCUGCUCACCUCCAACUGGCCCGCCUACGCCAUCGCCCACACCGUCGCCGCCCUCGAAUGCCUGUUCGUGCACGCGCUCUGGCCCGGCGCGAGCUGGACGCCGCUGGGUCCUCGGCUCGGCACGGUCGUGGUGGCCGUGGGGUUGGUGCUGGUGGCCGUGGGCCAGGCGGUGCGCAGCGUGGCCAUGAUCCAUGCGGGGAGGAGCUUCAAUCAUCUGGUGCAGAACCGGCGGCGCGAGGAUCAUGUUCUGGUGACGACCGGGGUGUAUGGCGUGCUGAGGCAUCCGAGUUAUUUUGGGUUUUUCUGGUGGGCGCUCGGGACGCAGAUGGUCAUGGGGAAUGUGUUCAGCUUUGUCGGGUAUGCGGCGGUGCUGUGGCGCUUCUUUAGCAGGCGUAUCCGGCACGAGGAGGCGUAUCUGGUGGCGUUCUUUGGGGGGGAGUACGUGGAUUAUAGGAGGAGGGUCCGCACGAGGAUCCCCUUCGUGCCGUAG